CUGCUGUGGUCUCUGUGCAUUGUCUUCUCUGCAAUCAGUGGUGCGCCUUCAUGCCGACGACAGUUUCUCCAGCACCACUCCCGUGUUCAGCAUGAGCAAAAUGGAAGUUAAUUGCCAGCUAAACGGAGUUGUUUAGUGUGUCUCAGCGGGACAAGAAUGUCCCAGAAAAGGGACUUGAACUCUUACCCAGAUGGGUACAGGGUCCUCAAUACCAGUGAACUACAGGAGCUCCUACAAGAUGAAGACAAAAUAAAUCAGGUCGUGCGACUCAGUGAAAAGUUCCAGGAGCUACAGCUGGACAGGGAAACCUUGUUAGUGACCAAUCGGAGUCUUGCAGAAAAAAGCCUGUCACGCCGCCCGCACCUUCAGAAUGGCAAGCUCCAGUUGGCUGCAAAGUACGAGAAGCUCGCAAAGCUGUCCACUGCCUGCAGGGAAAAGCAAAGCCGACUUGAGGCCUUCACACAGAAGCACAGCCCUCAGACUGCCCACAAUCUACUCCAGGAGGAGGUUGCACGUGCUGAAGAACAGUCUGAGGAGUUGCUGGAGAGAUUCAUGGAGGGCCACAUGUCCCUUGAGGUAUUCCUGGAUUCCUUUCAAAGCCACAGGAAGACGUACCAUAUCCGCCGCGCUCAAGCCGAGAAGCUCCAGGAGCUAAGCCGACCCGAGAAGAAACCGAAGAAACAAAAAGAGGAGCCAAAGAGGGAGGAGGAGCUUAAAGAGUCCCGCCCCAACGGCAUUGCCGCUCACGGCCCUCCCCGUGUAUUCCAGCUCCGAUACGGUCUGACCCCGGCCAUCCUGUUGCCCCUCUCCUCUUCUUCUGCUUCAGUCCUACCUCCUCUGGACUCACGCUCAGGCCAGUCUCAGGCCUCGGGGCCUGGGGCCCCUCACUCUUGCCCUGGGCAGCCUGUCGGGUUGAGAGUAAUAGGACAGUUACCUGGCUGGCCGGUGAGACCGGUCCGAUUGCAACAGCUGUACAGACCCAAUCCCCAUCCGUCUGAACCACCGUGUCGAUAACAGCUAGCACUGUGAAUUCGGUAUGAAAGCAAAGUCCGAGGUCAUCUGCCGUGUCCGCAAUUUACGCAAAGAUCACGUGAAGCCUUCAUUGAGUCAAUAUAAAGUGGCUCCAAAAAGUAUUUUGACACUCAAGUCACACUAAAAAAUAUCUGAAUUUCAAUGCAUUAGAUAUCAAACCAGGUGGCAUCUGCGAACAAAUGAUGCUAGAGCUUUUCUCAGAAUUGUCCAAAUACUUUAGGGGCCACUGAAUAAAAAUGAUGCUGCCAUGAAAUCAAAAACUCAUGUACCCAAAAAGGGAGGAGAUCGGAAAGCCAUAAAGUAUUUGUUAAUGUUGCUUGUCAUUGUCGCUUGUACGUUUAAUUAAUUUGUUUUGUAUUUGUGAUGGUUAGGUCUGGACAUGGCAGAUGUUUAGCUGCUGUCUGUAUGAGGGAAGUGGCCUGUUUCAUGAGAAAAAAAACACUGCAUUUUGACUGGAAGGUCUUUUAUGAGGCUUGUGAAAUGGCACCUUUUUGUAAUGUUGAUGGUGUUCAAUAAAGUCUAAUCAUGAUGUUUAUUAUAAGC